AUGGUUAAGAGUAGUAACAUAGCAAUACAUAGCCAUGUAAAGUCUCUGGGAUUAGAUAUCUUUGGAAGACCUAUUGAGAAGCCAAAUGCUGUUAUUGGGCAAGAGGAUGCACGGGAAGCAGCAGGGCUCAUAGUAGAGAUGGUCAAAACAAAGAGAAUGUCUGGGAGAGCUGUGCUUAUAUCUGGGCCUGCCGGAUGUGGAAAGACGGCUCUUGCUGUUGGGAUAAGUGAGGAGCUUGGGCCUGGAACGCCAUUUACUUCUAUGAGUGGCAGCGAGGUGUACUCAAACGAGGUGAAGAAAACUGAGGUCCUUGAGGAAGCAUUAAGAAGGUCGAUUCUAGUUCGGAUGAGAGAAUUAAAAGAUAUCUAUGAAGGGGAAAUUGUUGAGCUUCGGAUUUUAGAUGAAGAAAAUCCACUGAGCUCUUAUUCUAAGAAAGUUAAGGAGAUAUUUAUUACUUUGAAGACAAGUAAAGAGUCCAAGAAGCUUAAACUUGCAUCAUCACUUUAUGAACAAAUAGAUAAACAGAGAAUAGUCAAUGGAGAUGUUGUUUAUAUAGAGGUCAAUUCAGGGGUUAUUAAGAAACUGGGUAGAAGUGAGGCUCAUAUGAACGAUUUUGAUCUUGAGGCUGAUACCUAUGUUCCUAUUCCUAAGGGAGAGGUUUUGAAAAGAAAGGAGGUGAUCCAAUCUGUAACGCUUCAUGAUUUGGAUAUGGCAAAUGCCAAGCCUACUGGGCAGGAUAUGCUUUCCCUUGUCUUUCGGAUACUGAGUCCUAAGAAGACAGAGAUAACAGAAAGGCUGAGGAAUGAUGUUAAUAGAAUGGUGAACGAGUAUCUAGAGAAGGGAAACGCUGAGAUUGUUCCUGGGAUUCUCUUUAUUGAUGAAGUCCAUCUACUUGAUGUUGAAUGCUUCACCUUUCUUCACAAGAUCAUUGAGUCACCUCUUAGCCCAACAGUGAUAUUUGCCUCUAAUAGGGGAAUGGCACCAAUAAAAGGGAGUAACGGGCUACUUGGGCCUUUUGGAAUUACAAAGGAUCUGCUAGAUAGGAUUAUGAUCAUAACUGUGAAGAAGAACACAGACGAGUCUAACAUGAAGAUUAUCGAGAUGAGGUUAAAAGAAGAAGAAUUGCAAAUGGAUGGCGAUGCACUUACUUUUUUUGUGAAUCUAAGCAUCUCAAAAGGAUUGAGGUACUGCAUAAGUCUUAUUCCUCUUCUGAAGACAUAUGGAGGAUGUGUUACCAUCCAAAAUGUAGAAGAGGUGAAUGAAUUAUUUCACGACUGUUGA